AUGCUGGUUGUCUACUCGGCGCCCCAACGGUCGUGGUUCACGCCGGCGCGUUGCGCGAGCACCUGUUCGUCGUCGGCGUUCGAGCCGAUGCCGCCGCGGCCCUGCACCGACCGUCGCCUGCCCAUCCAUCCGAAUCGAGAGGAGUCGCUGCGGCGCCUCGUCCUCGUCCACUCCAUGGCCAAGAAGAUCAAGGUGGUCCGCGAAGAGGUGAGCGAUUCUCAGCCAAAAUUUUUUUUUAUUUUUUUUAUGCACAGUGCGGUUGAAAAUUUUUUCGCACCGUGCAAAGUGAAAUUCAUUGCACCGUGCAAAACUAGUGCUUUUCGCCUAAGGCAAGCAAAAUGAUUUUGUCAAUUGAAGCCGGAUUCUAUUCAGAUUCUGCACGCAAAAUUUUAAAUCAUCCAGAUGCGACACAACGAUUUCAUGCACGGUGCAAUGAAAAGCCGAUUGCACAGUGCACUCAAAAUUUCCGCCGCACCGUGCGGUAGAAACUUGUUUUUUGUUUUCGCACAAAGCAAAUUUUUUGCACUGUGCGAAAGGAAAAAUAUUUUUUGAUUCUCCCCGCACUGUGCAAUGGCAUCAAAAUUUCGCACUGUGCAGUCCGUUUUUUAGUGCAAAAAAGCCAUUGCACAGUGCAAUCGAUCAAGAUAUUUGCACGGUGCAAAAUCGAAAAAAUAAAGCGAUAAAAAUCGAAUUAAAACGCAGAAAAUUAUUUAAAAAAAAACAAAAAAAAUCAUCGCACAGUGCAAUGCAAACAUUAUAUUUGCACCGUGCAUUUCCCGAAGCCCAAAUUUUAUUCAAAUUUUUUGCAGGAAGAGCGCCAACGUCGGAAGAUGGAGCAGAAACGUCGUGUUCAACAUGUGAAACAGUUGAAGACGACUCGAUCUCGCGCUCCUCAUGAGGAAGUAAGCGUUUUUUUAUAUUGUACUAGACAUCUGAUGUCAAAAAAAUAAAAAAAAAAAAAAUUUAAAUUUUAAAUUUUUUCUCGAUUUUUUUUCUAAAAUACGUCUCAUUUCAGCUGCUCAUGCUCCCGAAACGCCCUCAUUUGGAGGUGUCGUUGAUUGAGGAGCUGUGCCGACCCUGCUCCGACCCGCUGCAGCCGCUCCUCCGUUCCAGUCCGUUCGAGGACGCCGCCUCCGACGACAUGCCGCCGCUCAUCCAGAGCGUGGUGGACUUCCUGAUGGACGCCUGA